AUGCCUGGUGGCCGCGAUAGGGUGCCGGGAACCCCAGAUCCUGGCAACUUUCCAUGGAGUCCCAACUUGGCGUUGAACUGCCUCGCCAUUACCUUAUACGCCAUCCUACUCUUGUCGUUGGCUGCUGGCUCAGCGUGGCUACCGUACCGUCUCAUAUACGGAGAUCCGUUUGCAUUUCGUCAACAGCAAGCAUAUUACAACGAACCGUUCCUCGAUGGGACUGUCUCAUACAGCGCCCCGACCGACCUCGUCUCAGAGCCCCUGCCCCUCUUUGACGAUUUGUCCGCCAUGCACCGUGGCAUGAUCUCUCUUUCGAGCUUUCGGGCUUUCGGCUCUGGCAAUGCCUGGGUCGCCCAGGGCGAUCAGGAUCCCACGCACAACAUCACCUCGAUCUUCCAAAAUGUUCUACCGCUUGGAGACUUCUGGGACACCAAGACGUACGAGUUCUCGAGCUCCCCUGGAUUUAAAGGAUCUACGGUGGUUCUAGAUCCCGACAUCUUGAUUGUUCCGAAGAACCGUGGCGAGACCACGCUGAUCGACCUCGUUCACCUGCACGGCUCUAGCCGUCUAGACAAGCUUUCCUGUGAAGCUGAUCUGGACAGCUCAAAUGACAGCCGCGAGUACUGCGCCGAUGACAAUUCACUGCGUGUGACAUACAACCCACACAUCCAUCUAACCCCCAUUAAGUCAUUGAGAGACAUCAAAGAAACGAAGAAAGAAGCCUUCUCAGACGGCCCGGGAGUCCAGAUGCAGCAGCGCAUGCAGAAGACAAGAUUGCUAGCUCAGCUGGAAGUCACGCGCGAUCAACUCGACAUGCUCCAGCAUCUAUUAGCCCACGCCUCGAUCAAGAAUCUCAAGCACAUUAAGGAUACCAAAAGUGGAUUCCAUUUAUGGAAGUCUCUCGGCCGCGUGUCUUUAAAGUUUCGUCGCGGGGUGCCCUUUUAUCACGCUGUCCAGAAUGCUGAGGGUGCCGUUGACCUUGAUCCCUGGCGGAGGCAGGUGAAUCACCUUUCAAAGGGGAUCUCUGCGAGGGUUGACGAUCUAGAGAGGGUGAUCAAAUGCGAAAACGACAUCGGCAUGCAGAUUGAGGCACUUGUGGAAGCCCAUGCGCAUCCCUAUGAAACUGUCGUUUGGAGGGGAGAGCAAUACGUUUGGUCGAAGCAGCAAGAUGGAUGGAUCACAUAUCGUGAGACCAAGUCUCAGGAUAGCGCGGAGCCAAUGUACGGCUGGGCAACGGAUGCACGGGCUCAACCGGCCCAUGGGCUGCGCGCGUGUCGUUCACUUCUGGAUGUCGGACAAAUGCACGGCACUGCAGACGGAAAACUCCCCAUGUCGGACAAGAAGAAAGACAAAGAGACCCGCGCAUUGCGUGCAGUCCGGCAGUACGUGCCCGGAGCGAAGUACCUAGCCGCGAGAUACCGCUUUGACGCGGAGGCUGCGCGGAAGCAGCAGGAACAGAUCUGGGCCGAAAAAGGCUUGUGGCGCAUGGAGUCUUGGAUGGCGCGGGAAUGGGCAACUGGGGAGUAG